GAGCAGCCGUUCCUUUUGGCAACUAUGCUCCGUCUGCAUCAUCGUCUUGUUCCUCUCCUCUCCUCUUCCUUGAGCUCAACUUCCUCCUAUUCUCUUCAGAGGCCUAUCCUGUCCUGCACACCUCUUGAUCAAGGUCACCCCUUGUCUACUCGCAAUAUGUCAUCUCGCUCAUCGGCGGAGAACACCUCGGCCAAAGAUAUUCCGACGCUGCAUGACCUAUACGCUAAAGAUGAGCUCCAAAACUCAGAGGAGGAAGAUCCCGUCAACUCUGCGGAUGAAAAGUUGAACAGCCGUAUCAGUAUCUGGAGAGGCAACAUUGUCCAUCUACAAGCCGAUAUGGUCGUCAAUGCCGCUAACAAAUCACUUCUUGGUGGAGGCGGAGUAGAUGGAGCGAUUCAUCGUGCAGCAGGUCCAGAAUUACUCAAGGAAUGUGAGGGUUUAGGAAGAGCCGAGACAGGAGAGACGAAAGUGACACAGGGGUACAGACUCCCUGCCAAACGAGUCGCUCAUACCGUUGGACCCGUCUAUGCCAAGACAAAAGUUGAUGAGAAAGCUGCUCAGCUCGAAAGCUGUUAUAGGACAUCCUUAGAAUUGUGUGCCGAACAUGGAGGUGGAGUCAUAGGCUUCUCAAGUAUCUCUACUGGAAUAUAUGGUUAUCCUAUAGUCGACGCUACGAGGAUAGCAUUGCAAACCACCAGAAAAUUUCUCGAGACGAAUGAGAAUGUCACCAGAGUCAUCUAUGUCACUUUCUCCGAACGGGACAAAGGAGUGUACGAAAGUCUCGCUCCGAUCUACUUCCCAAAGCCCUGAUACCUAUUUCUCAUGGUUCAAUCGCUCUUCUGCUCCAACCAUGUCUGUCCUGUCCACGUGUAGCGUAUCUCAUGUCACUUGUACACCUCUGUAUAUCUUCCCUCAAGGGUGGCUAUUGCGCCGAUAGAUUCACCUCCCGUCUCAUUCGACGUAA